AUGAGAUAUCCGAUACAAAUCCCUCGACUGGCCCUGGUGGCUAGUAUCCUUGGAUGUACUUUGUCUUCUGUUUCGGCCGCUGGUGAUGACAGAUUAGGCCAUUACCGCAGUCAGACCGCUCGGCAUCAAUAUGACUUCCAUCGUCUUCAUCCACCCCGUCACCGCCAUCACCCGGGUCUGAUCGAUAUUCCUAUCCAGGUGAAUAAGACCGAAGCACCAGAGGCUUUGGUUGGAGACGAAGAAGAUGGAAUAUCUACUGUCUUGGAAGCUCGAACACCAUCUACGGGACGGAGAGUCGGAGGAGCUGAGAGUGUUAUGACGUUGGCAGCAAGAGAAGACAUCUCCUCCGCCGUUGAAAUACCUUCAACCGCUGCAACUUCGACAGCUACAGAAGUCGAAGAGGUAGUCGUCUACGUGGAUGAAAAUGCACAGAUGCCCAGCACAGAGAAGAAUAUCAUCCCCAUCAUCUUACAAGCAACUGCCUCUUCGCCAAAUUCCUCGUCCUCAUCUUUGAUCCGGGCACAAACAACACUCAAAUCAAAAACGAAGCGCACCAACCUCUCUUCGUACCUUUCGUACAACAAGAAGGUCAACAAAAAACUGAUCAAACCCACCAAGCCCACCAAGCCCAUGAACAACACGCCUCCAUCAACAAAUAACACGUCAAGUCUCAGUAACACCAACAUCAACACCACCACUCACAUUCACCCCGGCUUCAUCCCCCAACGUCUCCCCGGCGUAACGUACGCCCCCUACGAUCUCACGGGAUGCCGGUCCCCGACCAACAUUGCCUCGGACUUCCGCAAGAUUGCUAAAACAGGCCUUUACUCAGCCGUCCGCAUCUACGGCGUCGACUGCUCCCAAGUCCUAAACACGCUCCGUGCCGUUUCUUCAGCAUCCGCGUCUGCGCCGCCUGGAAUCCCGCCAUUGAAGCUCUUCCUCGGAAUUUUCCAUCUCUCAGAUCUCACUGGGCAAAUCACCACCUUGGUGAAAGACGUGCAAACCUUUGUAGCCACCAGCUCCUCCCCCAAGAAGAUGAGCGUGCAGCAAGUCUGGGAUACCCUGAUUGACACCAUCAGCGUCGGCAACGAGCUAGUGAACAACGGACAGGCCACGCCCGCCCAAGUGCUAGCCGCGGUACGUACAGCCCGCCAAGCGCUGCGGAGGGAAGGCUACAACGGGCCGGUAGUAACCGUCGACACCUUCGUCGCCGUCUUGCAACACCCGCAAUUAUGCAGCAGCCCAGACACGGAUUACUGCGCCGUUAAUGUCCAUCCGUUCUUCGACCCGCACACGACGGCGAAGCAGGCGGCGGACUUUGUCAAGAGGCAGGUGUUGAAUAUUCGCGAGGCAGCCACAACCUCAACGGACAUAAAAGGAGAGACGAAACAAAAACAAAAAAGAGUGGUAGUCACCGAAACAGGCUGGCCGACGCAGGGAAACGCAAAUUACAAGGCUGUGCCCGGAAGAGCGGAACAGAAGGAGGUGGUAAGGGGCGUGAUGGAGAUUUGGAAGGAGGCGAAAGCCAGGGGGUUUGGGGAUGAUGGGGAUUUUGAGGUGUACAUGUUUACGGCGUUUGAUGAUCCGUGGAAAAAAGCGGAGAGGGGGACGUUUUAUGCCGAGCAGUUUUGGGGAAUUCAUACAGGUGGUGAUGAUCGAUGA